UCAAUCCAAAAAACCGCUUGCUGACAGCAACUCGAGUGGGUUACAAUUCAACCAAGAUGAAGCUGAUCUGUGCCGGUCUGUCCAAAACAGGAACCACGUCCAUCGCUCAUGCACUGCGAAUUCUAGGCUACAAAGUCUGUCGUUGCCAUGACCAGAUCUUGUACUAUAUGGACGAGUGGUUAGAUUUGUACAAACAUGGUAAGGUACCCGAUUUCUAUGCCAUGUUCAAAGAUGUAGACGUUGUGAUCGGUAGUCCAUGCAAUUUCUUCUUUGAGGAACUGAUGGAAGCAUUUCCAGACGCUAAAGUAAUUCUUUCUAUACGAAGAGAUGAAAACGCUUGGAUCAAAAGUUUCAAGAAUCAUUUUGCUGUUUUAAAUAAUUCGUAUCUUACAAAGAUGCAAUGCUUGCUUCCAACAUACAAGAACCUUUUAUGCAUACUAACUUAUGCGUUAAUGUCAACGGUGGGGACUCCUGAACCAAAUUCAUCGUACAUCUGUCGCAAGCGAUAUCGCUGGCACAACGAUCGAGUCAAGUCUCUAGUUCCUGCAGACAAGCUGCUUGUCUACAGUGUUGAACAAGGAUGGGAACCAUUGUGUGAGUUCACUGGCCAGAAGAUCCCAGACCAGCCAUUUCCACAUUUGAAUAUCAAGGGAGAAAUUCAGCUGACAUUCGAAACAGAAACCGAGUUGGGGAGGAAAAUAGCACGAGAAGUUAGAGUUGUGAAAGUGUGUUGUGUAGCGGUGAUGGUGGCUCUAAUUGGUGUGGUUUUGAUCUACUUGUUUACACUAUUUUAAUCGAACUUUGCAACUUAAAAUGUAAGACGACAAAAAAAUAUGCAAAUCUUUGAAGGGGUCACUAUUUUAUGUGUGUGUAAAGUUAGUGUUAAUCAAACACUUCUCCUAUUUGUUUUUUUCUUCAUUAAUGGGGAACAAAAUACUGAAUGCUUGCUAUUGUAGAUACUAAAGGUAUAAGAACCAUUACAGCCUGACAUUGGGAAAAUAGUGGUUCUUUAAUGCGGGUUUUUAAUGCAUGUAUCACAUGCCGUGUUGAGCUCGGACAGUUUCCGUGACGAGAGUAAAUGCAAAAUUAAGGAGUACGAUUCCUGGAGAAAAGGAACCGUAUUUUGCAUGUACAUCAAACAAAACUCUUUUAAAAUUAAAAGCACUUCUGUAGAGACGGACAGGGCCUUAUGUAAAGUCCUGCAGAAAACUAUAGGAAAUAGUACUAGUUAUUUUCUACAGAAAAGUGAAUGCUGCGAGUCAUGUAUACGUAAGUGAAAGUGUGAAAAUUUAGACCGUACUAUGUUUUUAAUUUAAAAAUUUGUGUAGACAUGAAAAUUUCGAAAUGAGAAUG